AUGGAGCAGCUGGUGGGUCCCAACUACGAACCUUUUCCUUUCCAGGCCCCGCCCACCCGCGGACCGGACGUCCGGUUUCCGGAGCGUACGCUCGAGGCCCCGCCUCCCGGCCUCCGCGGCGGAGAUUGGCUGAGCGGCUCUCGGGGGCGCCUGGUACGUAGCCCCGGGCGCGUGCGGGCGAAAGCGAGCGAGCGCGGCAGCCGGAGGGGGCGGCGCGGGGACGGCCCCCCGGGCUGCUGCCUGUGCCCCGAGGUCCACCACGGAGCGCUGUGCCCCGGCCGGGCCGGCCGCUGGCUCCUGGGCCAAGUGUGCCCGUUUUCAAAAAGCCCGGGCUGCGCCUUCCCCAGCAAACACUGUGUAGUGGACGGCGCGUUGCGGGCGUGGCCCGUUGCCUUCCCCGCAGCCCCGCGAAUGGUCCAGCCCGGAUACCCCGCCCACCGGCGCAUCGUGGAGGCCUUUGGCACAGAGGUCUUGCUGGAGAACGGCGACAUCAACCGGGUGGCCCUGGGGGACCUGAUCUUUAACCAGCCUGACCUGCGACGGCUGCUCAACACCAUCACACACCCUGCGAUCGGCAAGGAAAUGAUGAAGGAGACCUUCAAGUACUUCCUCCGGGGCUACCGCUACGUGAUUCUGGAUGUCCCCCUGCUGUUCGAGACCCAGAAGCUGCUCAGGUUCAUGAAGCACACAGUGGUGGUGUACUGUGACCGGGACACCCAGCUGAAGCGGCUGAUGCAGCGGAACCAGCUGAAGCUGGAGGAGGCCGAGGCCCGUAUUGGGGCCCAGCUGCCCCUGAAGGAAAAAGUCCGCCUGGCCCGCCAUGUUCUGGACAACUCUGGCGAGUGGAGUGUCACCAAACGCCAGGUCAUCCUCCUGCACGCCCACCUGGAGAGCUCCCUGGAGUACCUGCCGCUGCGGCUGGGCGCCCUCACAGGCCUGGCGGGAGCAGCUGCUCUCCUCUACCUGCUGGCCCGCUGCCUCCUGCCUUUGCCCUAGGCAGCCCCCCCACCCCCACCCCUGACCCUGGAUCCCGGCAGGCCCUUGCCCGCUGCGGGUGUCCAGCAGAUAGGUGGCUGUACCUGGCUUCCUUCCUGACAGCUGCUCCCCUCCUCCCACCACCAACUGAGCUGAUCCACACAGGUGCCCGGCUGCAGCACUCAGGCUGUCUGCUGUCAGUGCCUUAGGAGCGGGUGCGUAACACUGCCUCCGUGGCCAUCCACACAAGGCCUCUGAGCAGGUGCCACAUUGUGGCCCAAGCCACCUUGCUGGACCGUGGCUGCCGCUUCCACACGGUGCAGAGGUUCUCUAGUGGGUGACAGUGUAGCCUCGCUCUGGAUAAGCCCCCUAUCCUACCAGCAGAACCCCGGCAGCACAGCCCACCCAGAGCCCCACUACUGUGCCUCCGCCUCCCCACCCCCACCGGGCUAACUCCAGCUGAAACACUUACAAACCUCGCCAGUGUUAGGUGUUCCUGGUUGCCACACCUCCAAAUCUGACCUGAAUCCAGCAGUCGGCUGGUUGGUCUUCUCACCUAGACUGGAAGCCCUCUGAGGGCGGGGUCUCGGCUCCCGGUGCAGAGGCUGGACUCACCCUUGGCAUUUCCAUCUGGAAUGCCCUGUCACCCAGCACGGAGGCCCACUAAGGCCCCUGGCCUCUACUCACCCUAGGCCUGGGGACCUCACAUCCCAGGCGCCAGAAGGCAAAGUAGCCCCACUGACUUCUCUGGGCCCAGGAGGGUUCCAGCCCAGUCCAGGUGUACUCACGGAGGUACUGGGGAGCAUCACAGCCUAUUCCCCACUACUCUGUCUUCCCUCCCCAACCCAAUUAGUCCGGUGUAGACAUCAGCUGUCCUGGCCAGCCGGAGUGCGCAGACCUGCUGAUGUGUUGAUCCUGUGACCAGCAGCCUAUUAAGGCCAGAAAUGAGGAUGACAAAUGUGAACACUGUCGCGGCCAUAUUUAGUGCUCCCUUUCCAAAGCUGCUCAUGUGAAGCCAGCUCAUUAACUCACGGCAAGCUCCCAAGGGGUAAAGAAGGGCUGGGCCAGGAGGCCCAGUGGAUGUGGACAGCCGAAGCCUGGCAGGAGGAGUGAUAACAGGGAGGGAAGAGCCAGACCCGCCUGUGCUGUCACUCCAGGGACUGAGUAAAUGCUUCUUCCUGGAUGCCUGGAGGUGGGGGCUCCACUGAGCAUGUUACAAGUAACAUGCCAAUGACUGCUUCAGAAACCCUGCCCUGUGUCCGCAAGGCUCUUCCCAGGAGGGGCAGGAGACCUGGAAGUGGGCCCUGGUUCUGUCACUUACUUGCUCUGUGACCUGGCUCGUCUCUUCAGCAAAGUGGGCUUCAUGAGACUGAAGUCGGAGUCAAAUAAAAGCGCUCUGCAAACUA